GGCCGAAUAACCAAAGUAUACCAUUGAGAAAUACUAUAUUAAAGCUAUGCAAAGUAAAACGCAAUAAAAUUAUGACUCGGUUUUAAGUGUGUGGUGCUCUGUCAGUUGAAAAUCAUAGAGAUGACUAAUAUACUCUCAGCAAAAGUGAAGAUAUAGUGCUGUGUCAUUGAAAAAAAUUUGGAAUUGGACUUUUAGGAAAUAAAAGUGACGUAAGAAACCUUUCAGAGUGUAAUAUCCAGAACUAAACCAUGAAUUCUGAAGUGUAUGUGUUGGAUGACUACAGUUCUUCGAGUGAUGAAGAAGAGGCACCACCAGUACUUCACUUGAAACGAAAGCACAUUUGCCCCAUGGAUUGCUUGAACAAAAGAGCAAAAUAUGAAGAAGACCCAAUGGAUGGUUGGUUCGAUUAUAUGAGGGCCUACGUGCCUUUGAUGAAAUUAAUGCUAGAAGAUUAUAAGAUGAAAUGGGAGAGUUAUAAGUACAAACAAUAUGCUAAAAUUAACGAUCCUUAUUACGAAGAAUCAGACGAAGAUUCUGACACCUCCAACGGUACGGUAACAAGUGCUAUCAUUGAAGGCUUUCCAAAUGGCGAAAAGAAUGAAUCUGUGGUCCUAAGCGUUGGAAGAGAAAACAUCAAGGCGGGAUAUUAUAUGUUUUUAUCAUAUUUCCAGGGGGGAUGGUUCUAUCCUGAAGUAAAGAAAUAUUUCAGGCAAAAGCACGGUGUAAGAUGUUUCCGUAGUGAAACAACUAAAACUUCACUUAAAUGUCCUGAUGAUUAUAAAGCCUUAAUCAAAUUUAGAACCGUAAAAGCAAGAGCGGAUGUUUUUGCUAAAUUAUCCGAAAAAAACAUGCUUCGAAACUUCACGUUUGUUUGCGUUGACGCCAGCGAGGAAUACUUCAAUGACGCAGUUAUUUCAAAACUGAGGAACACGAAGGGGUGUAUUGGAUUGCCGAGUUUCUUCGUCUGCAUGAAACAUUAAGCAACAAGUAGCUUGAUAAAAACCCUUAUUAAAUAUUAAAUAAGUCUGUUAAUUACAUAUUAUUCUAAAAAAAAAUGGUGAAAAAAAGUCUUUGUUAUAUUUACUGUGGUUUUGUUUUGUUAUUUUUAUGAUAAUAUAUAAUUUUAUUAUUAGUCAAUAUUUUGAAUUUCUAAUUAUUUAUAGCGAUAUUGCGAAUUAAAACAUUUAUUUGAAAAUUAUCUUAAAAAAUCUAAAAGAUUUUUUCGAUUUCAAUGUGAUAUGAUUUAAUUAAAAAAGUUCAUUGGCCACCUAUUAUAUAAAAUUUUAAAUUUUAAGUGUUGUAUUAGAACAAUAACAGUUAAAUAUUUUUAACAAUUCAGUAUUUUUAAUUGUUAAAUGUUUUAAAUUAUUUUGACGAGACUAUGUCAAUGGAUAAAAACAUUUUCUUAUUAGAACUAAUUGUUCUUAGUGUUAUUUUCCAUCAUAAGAAAUGUUGUAAACUAAACUUCAUAAGGAACUGAAUUCCUUAUAUUAUAUAAUAGUUGUGUACGAGUAACCUGUCCUUUAGCAACAUUUCAUUGAGAAAUUGUAUACAAAACUUGUUUUGUAUUUUUAACGAUUUUAUUGUUCAUACAAUCCACCAGUCAUUGGAUGAAAAAAUGUAUUUUUUAUAGAAUUGAUUUUACUACAUUAAUAAUUUUGGUACUUCUGUCACUCUAUAAAUGGAGCCAUUUUAUACUCCAAUCGUUUAAUACUAAGUAAAUAUAAGGAUUAUUUAAGAACUUUAUCAUAAUUAUUAGUUAAGCUCAUUAUUUUUAAUGUUUUUCAAAUAUGUACGUUUAAUAAGUAAUGUUUUUGAAUAUUUACUGUAUUUUUUUAUGAUUAUUUACCGUUGUAUUUCAUAUUAGUAUGCAAUGCCGCUAUAAUAAUUUGCGAAAAAAUAAAUGUAAAAUGAAUUGCUUAAGCUAUUUCAUAUCAUUAAUGAGGAAAUAAUUUCCUUGUAUUAGAUGUAGAAAAGCUGCGAAUAUUAAAAGCUGUGCUCUGUGGUAAAUGUUUUUCAAUCAACAUAUUAAAAAUAAAUAUUACAAAUCAAUA